AUGCAAUCUUUCUUUCUUUCUUUCUUUCUUUCUUUCUUUCUUUUUUCUAUCUAUGACCAUUGUUUCUUUUUAUCAAUCUGUAUAUUUAUGCCUAUACUUAAUUCUUUCGUUUCUUUCUUUCGUUUCUUUCUUUCUUUCUUUCUUUCUUUCUUUCUUUCUUAUCUCUAUCUAUCUAUCUAUCUAUCUAUCUAUCUAUCUAUCUAUCUAUCUAUCUAUCUAUCUAUGACCAUUGCUUCUAUCUAUCAUCUGUUCAUAUCUAUCUAUCUAUCUAUCUAUCUAUCUAUCUAUCUAUCUAUUUAUGACCAUUGUUUCUUUCUAUCAUCCGUUCAUAUCUAUCUAUCUAUCUAUCUAUCUAUCUAUCUAUCUAUCUAUAACCAUUGUUUCUUUCUAUCAGUCUGUAUAUUUAUGCCUGUUCUUUCUUUCUUUCUUUCUUUCUUUCUCAGUCUGUUCAUAUCUAUCUAUCUAUCUAUCUAUCUAUCUAUCUAUCUAUCUAUGACCAUUGUUUCUUUCUAUCAGUCUGUAUAUUUAUGCCUAUUCUUUCUUUCUUUCUUUCUCAGUCCGUUCAUAUCUAUCUAUCUAUCUAUCUAUCUAUCUAUCUAUCUAUCUAUCUAUCUAUGA